UCAAAUCAGGCGCCUUCUUCAUUUAUGACAAAUCAGUGCCUCUUCACUUCUUAAACAUAUCUCUCUCUCUAAACCCCAUUAACAAUGGAGGAAAAUGCAAGCACAGGCUCAGGAAAUUCUAAUUCCGUGUUUGUGAUGAAGGCAAGAGAAGAAGAGCAUCGGCUGAACGGAAUGGUCAGAAAGGAAAAAUCAAAGAAAAGAAAAAACAAGGAUAUUGAAGAAAAAAAGUCGAUUACCGACAAUGUCGCAAGGUUACUUUAUAAUGAUACUCCUUCCGACGGAUAUGAUGAAGAGCAAAGUCCUUCUCCGAAGAGGAUGAUGAAACCUCCCCCUUUUUCAAAAGUCUGGAGCGAUGAAGAUGAAAUUUCCAUACUCAGAGGUAUCAUUAAGUUCAAGGACCAAACAGGUCGUGAUGCCGGACAGAAUAUGGCCGAAUUUCGUGCAUUUAUCCUUCAAUCACUUACUCUUCAAGCUACGCUGGUCCAAUUAAGGGAGAAAAUAAGGCGUUUGAGAGAAAAGUAUGAAAAGACUGUUGGAAGAGGAAAUGCUUCUCUCACAACCCAGCACGAACUCCAACUGUUCCAAUUAUGUCAGAAAAUUUGGACUGAACAUCCUAACUCAUCGGGAACUGGGCAUCAGAAUCUACUGGUAAAGGAGAAGCAGAACGUUCCAGAAAACGGGCAGCCGGAACAGCAGAAUCUACUGGUGAAGGAGAAGCUGAACAAUCCAGAAAAACAGCACGACAUCCCAGAAUUUGGACGACCGGAGCAGCAGAAUCUACUGGUAAAGGACAAGCAGAACAUUCAAGAAAACGGGCCGCCGAAACAGCAAAAUCUACUGGUAAAGGAGAAGCAGAACAAUCCAGAAAAACAGCACAACAUCCCAGUAAUUGGACGGCCGAGACAGCAGAAUAUUCCACAAAUUCAGCAGCAUAAAAUUAUCCCGGAAACUGGACUGGAUGCGCAAACUUUGGAAGAUUUGUUCAAGCGAAUAUCGAAAGAUAUAGAACUUGUUACAAAUUCUAAGGCAUGUUUGAGCGGAAAUGAAAAUGAAGUUGGUAUAAGAGUGCUUGGUCUUAGCCUAGAAAGUAUGAAAUUAGGGAUAAAGUUAGGGACAUUGGUGCAGGAGAAAGCGAAUUCGCCUGAGUUGCGAGAUUCUCCAGAGUUACGGGAACAAGUGGUAUUAAGGGCCUAUCUGGAAGCGAAGAUAGAGCACGCACAACUACUUUUAAAUGCUUAUAAUAGUUUCAUUAAGGUUCUGGGAUUUUCUGUGCUGAAGACUUCAAGUUUAGGAUGGAGAUAAAACUAAACUGCUAAACACAGAUGUGGAAUACAAGCUACUAAUCAUGAGGAUCAUAGUAAUGAAGCCGAGUCAUCGGUGUCUGCUAUCAAAGACUGAAGCUUAUGGGUUCUGCAUUCUAUAUCAAACUAUCCUUGUUUUGUGUUAAGCAUUGAUAACUAGCUUUUCUGGUUGUCUGCUAUAUGUAUUGUUUUUGCACACUGCUACUAAGAUGGCUCUUGGAUGUUUUAAAGCGCUUUUGAUGCUCCUACUUUAUUGUUUUGGAGCUAACAUGGGUUCUAAGCUUUUAUAUGCCUGUGUUAUCUUUAUAUAUAUUAAAGGGAAAAUGGUCAAAAAUACCCCUCAAUUUUCUUUUAUUAGUUGACUUUAUCCUUACCGUUAAAAUCAAGUUAUUCUAUUUUAAACGGAUAAUUUUAAUUUGAUUUUAAUGGUAAGGGUAAAGUCAACUAAUAAAUGAAAAGUGAGGGGUAUUUUUGAUCAUUUUUCCUAUAUUAAAUAUAUACUAAGGCUUGUUUAAAUAUGUAGUUUGUACAAAAAUUGAACUGAAAAAAUGCUAUUGGUUUGUUGCUACUGGGUUAAUGGGGUUUUAAUGAUUUUGUAUAAAAAAUAUUAUCGGGUUAUCGGUUCAAUUUUUGUUUUUUAAUAUU